AUGGGUGCCCAUCCAGGAAUAACAGCAUUUCGCCGAUUUGGGUCUUUAAACGCUCCCAACCUGCUCUAUCUACAAACCGAAUUAAUUGAUCUGCAGAAUAAGUUACAGAAACAAGCCAAGGUUGAUUCUGCGUCCGGACACCUUGAGCCCUCUAUCUACCACAGAGACUGGCAGACACUUAGCGAGCCAGUGAACACUGAAGGUGAAAGCUCUGCGCAAUGGCAUAUUAUGUUAAAAGCGAGAGAAAAGUUGAAGGAAUAUAAUCAAGCUAUCUGCUUGCAAGAUAUGAUUGCGAGUUUUGGACCUCCAAGCGAACAAGAUUUCAAGUCUUUGCAAAAAUGGAUGAAAGAUCCCCAAAUGGGCAAUAUAUAUCUUCUGGGCCCAGACAGCGACGUGUGGAAUAGUUUCGAUACUUCGGAGCUUGUCUGUCUUAAGCCAGGUAGGACCGACAGUCUGGUCAUGCAGUUUUUGAAGAAUAGACUAGUCUUGUUAUAUCAUCGUCUCAUCGGGCAUCACUUCAAGAAGCCAGACGGAUCGGACAUACACAAGCAUACAGUCUAUUAUUCUCCAGACGGAGUGAUACGCUUGAGUAUGCUACUUGGUACGGUUUUAGCCUCGCUGUUACCCAUCGGGUCGAUCGUCCUACUAUACUCUCUUAGCGACAUGAAAAUUCGAUUGAUCAUGAUCGGAUUGUUCACCGCUGUGUUCUCGCUCGGCCUUGGGGUAUUCACGAAUGGUAGAAUGGUGGAGGUCUUUUCUGCAACAGCUGCGCAUGUUCUACAUUCCAAGUUUGCUGCGGUGCAAGUGGUGUUUGUUAGCGGCACAAGCUGA